UGUGUGAUGUGUGUGCAUCGUGAACUCCUGGGCUGGAUGAUGUUAAAGGCCAAGGUCUAGCUGCUCAGAUCAUAUGUCUGUGUAAAAUGAGGGAGGGUGAGGGACACAGAGCCAAAAUAACACAUAAUAAGAGCAUCUAAUACAUACAACAACAAGCACAUGGCACGGUGGAGUGUUCAGUCUCUUUCUUUUCAGUUUUCUUACAGCAAUGGAAGCGUUUCGGAAAGAUUUGCGCACCCGCUGUGACAACACAGCAUCCCGACCCCAGUUUACAAACUCUCCAACCAUGAUUGUAAUGGUGGGGCUGCCUGCCAGAGGAAAGACUUAUAUCUCCAGAAAGCUUACACGCUACCUCAACUGGAUUGGAGUCCCAACUCAAGUCUUUAAUUUGGGCCAGUACAGAAGAGAAGCAGUCAAGACUUACAAAAACUAUGAAUUCUUCCGGCCAGAUAAUGAAGAGGCCAUGAAGAUCCGCAGGGCUUGCGUUUUAAAGGCCCUCAAGGACCUUGACAACUACUUCACUAAGGAGCAUGGACACGUAGCAGUAUUUGAUGCCACUAACACCACAAAGGAGAGAAGAGGAAUCAUCACUAGCUUUGCCAAGGAGAGGGGCUACAAGGUGUUUUUUAUCGAGUCGAUAUGUGAUGACCCAGACAUUAUUGAAGCAAAUAUAAUGGAAGUGAAACUGAGCAGCCCAGAUUAUGAAAACUGUGACAAAGACAAGAUGGUGGAAGAUUUCUUGAAGCGCAUUGAAUGCUACAAGAUGACUUACGUUUCUAUUGAUGAAGAAAAGGACAGGAAUAUAUCCUACAUUAAGAUCUUCAACGUGGGCACGAGAUAUCUUGUGAACAAGGUUCAGGACCAUAUCCAGAGCCGUAUAGUGUACUACCUCAUGAACAUUCACGUUACACCGCGCUCCAUCUACCUCAGCAGGCACGGGGAGAGUGAGCUGAAUCUGUUGGGCCGCAUUGGAGGAGACUCCGGCCUUUCUGCACAAGGCAAUAAGUAUGCUAGUGCUCUGUCGGAGUUUGUCAGAAAUCAAGCCAUAAAAGACCUAAAGGUGUGGACGAGUCACUUGAAAAGGACCAUUGAGACGGCUGAGGCUCUGGGAGUCCCGUAUGAGCAGUGGAAAGCCCUGAACGAGAUCGAUGCUGGUGUAUGUGAGGAGAUGACUUAUGAAGAGAUCCAGGAGAACUACCCUGAGGAGUUCGCUAUGAGAGACCAAGACAAGUAUCGCUACAGAUAUCCCAAAGGCGAGUCUUACGAAGACUUGGUGCAUCGCCUAGAGCCGGUCAUAAUGGAGCUGGAGAGACAGGAGAAUGUGCUGGUCAUCUGUCACCAGGCAGUCAUGCGUUGUCUGCUAGCCUACUUCCUGGACAAAACUGCAGCGGAACUUCCGUACCUUAAAUGUCCCCUCCAUACUGUACUCAAACUAACACCAGUGGCCUACGGAUGCCGGGUGGAAUCUAUUUACCUAAACAUCCAAGCAGUCAACACACACAGAGAAAAACCUGCGGUACUCACCAGACUAUACAAACGUGGAUGUGACAAGACGGCCAGAAGAAGCACUUCGCACUGUUCCAGAACAUUUCUAACACAGCUUAUACAACACUUAUAUAAGCAACGCUCCUGAAGGGGUCAUGUUCAGUAUAACAGUUCUGGUACAGUACACUUCAUAGUUUGAGUCACUCCACUUGGCUGUGUUCACUACAUAACACUCCAAUUCUACUAACUAUGCUUUCUACAGACUGUCAGUCUGUUUGUGUGUGACACACAACACACAACACUAUCCAGCCGUGGCUUAUUUGGAAACUAUUUUUCAUUAAAGAAGGAAAAAUAAAUCAAA